AUGAGGCAGAACAACACUAUCUUAGUGGUAACGGUGUCGUUCCUCUUAUUAUUAUCCACACCAGCCUUAUGCAUUCCAAGGUAUGGAUUAACAAGCGUGGUGGUGACUAAUGAUCUUGGAGGAGGGCAGGAACUCAGGCUCCACUGCAGGUCGAAAGACGACGAUCUUGGCAUCCGAAUGCUUAAGCCACACCAGGACUUCCGGUGGCGGUUCCGACCAAGCUUUUUCGGAAACACACUGUUCUAUUGCUCCGUGGAAUGGGGCGCGGCGGGAGAAGUUCACUGGUUUGACGUGUACGAUCAGGUCAGGGAUGAAGAUAGGUGUACAAUAUGUCGUUGGCUGAUCAAGGAAACUGGGCCUUGUUUCACUGAUGAGGAAGGCGAAUCAGGUGAUAGUACUUGUCAAAGUUGGAACGAAAUUGGGAGGUAG